CACGCCUUCAAUCACAUUUUCAAGCUUCUCCCUGAACUAGCUCACCCUCGACAUGGCGGCCGAACAGAGAAAGCUGCUCGAGCAGCUUAUGGGAGCCGACCAGCUCGUAGGAACUGGCGCACCCUCCCGUAAUGCCCAACUCUCCAUCACAGACUCGAAGGUCUGCCGCUCGUACCUUGUUGGCACCUGUCCGCACGACCUCUUCACCAAUACAAAGCAGGAUCUUGGACCUUGCCCGAAAGUGCACAGCGAAGGGUUAAAGACCGAGUACGAGACCGCAUCCGCGGCUGAGAAGGCAAAAUGGGGAUUCGACUACGACUAUAUGCGCGAUAUGCAAAAGUACAUCGAUGACUGUGACCGACGGAUCGAGUCUGCGCAGCGCCGACUGGAGAAGACUCCCGAUGAGAUUCGGCAGACGAAUAACCUGCUCAAACAAAUCUCCGACCUAGCAAAAACCAUCAACACAGGCCUUCUCGAAAUAUCUGUACUUGGCGAAACGGGCUCUGUCGCGCAAGCUCUGAACGAACUACACAAGACCCGCACAGCAAAGCAUCAAAAGGAAGCAUGCGAACGGGAAUUGAAAAACCUUCAAGACACAUCUGGGCCCUCAGGUCACCAGAAGCUACAAGUCUGCGACGUCUGCGGCGCGUACCUUAGUCGACUCGACAACGACCGCCGUUUGGCGGAUCAUUUCUUCGGCAAAAUGCACAUGGGAUACUCUGAUAUGCGCAAAGGCUACAAGAAGCUGAGUGAAGAGCUCAAGGGACGUCCUCCACCUGUUCGGCACCACGAUGAGGAAGAGGGUGGCGGAUGGGGUGGUCCGCGCGGUGGUGGAAGAGGCCCUCGAUAUGGCGGCGGGGGAGGAUAUAAGAAGCGGGGUGGCCGGUGGUGAUCAUUCCGAGAGUGCUGGUUUUCUUUGAUGUUGUUGGUUUCGCCUUCGCUUUUAUACUGGGUGUGAAUAUGCAUAGCGCUGGCGUUUUAUUUCUGCUCUGCCUAGGAUAUUAGGGACGAAAAUUGUGGUAAUAUAACCUACCUGAUUCUACAAUCUACAUCGAAUUAUGGAUAGUGAAC